AUGUUAAGAUCCGUGAACUUGUUAAGGAAAACUUGUAACUCUCAUUAUGUAAGUAUCAGGAAUAAUCCAUACCCUGUUCUAUUUCAGAAUUACCUAAGGAACCUGCCGUCCACACUUGUAACCCGACUGCCAAAUGGCCUGACUGUUGCAACAGAGGAAAGAGAUUCGUAUAAUGCAUGUUUGGGGCUGUACUUCGAUGCGGGAUCACGAUACGAGAAUCUAUUCGAGAAUGGAAUUACACAUUUCUUCGAGCACAUUGCGUUUAAAAGCACCAGAUGUCGAUCGAAAACGGUACUUGAGGAUUUAAUGUCGAACACGGCAGCUAGGUUCAGAUGUUCCACAUCGCGCGAAAUGGUUGCUUACUACGCGGAAUGUUUAUGCCAAGACAUACCUGUGGUUGUUGACAUAUUAUCCGAUUGUAUCUUCAAUAACCGCUACGCACCUGCCGAUUUGGAAGUCCAGAAGAAAAUUGUGUACUGUGAAAUGAUGGAGCAUGAUAAAGAUCCUCAUAAACUUUUGGAUGAUUAUUUACAUAAUACAGCAUUCCAGGGUACACAACUCGCGCAAACUGUUAUGGGGUUGAGUAGUAAUCUAUACAGUUUUAAUGAAUGCACUAUUCGUAGAUAUUUAACCAGACAAUUUGACCCCACUAGGACUGUGUUCGCCGCUGUCGGCGGACUCAGACAUGACCAAAUGGUCGAAUUGGCUAAUCAAUAUUUGUGCAAUUUCGAGCCCACGAAAUGUCUUAAUUCCAGUGAAUACAGAUAUACUGGCUCAGAAAUACGUUUCAGAGACGAUUCUCUUCCUGUUGCUAAUGUAGCUAUAGCAGUGGAAGGGCCUUCAUUCUGCCACCCAGACAAGUUGGUCAUGGAUAUUGCAGCAACGAUAGUCGGUGGUUGGGACAGAUCGCAACCUGGCGGAGUAGAUCACUCCAUGAAUGUGGCCAGGGCUGCUUCUAUAACAAACUCGUGUGAUUCAUACAAGGCUCUCAAUAUUAAUUAUAAAGACACGGGUCUUUGGGGAGUAAAAUUUAUGGCUCCUUCGUCGAGAUUAGAGGAUAUGUUGUACAUUAUACAGGAUGAAUGGAUGAAGCUGUGCACUAUGGUGUCUGAUGGAGAAGUAGAAAGAGGGAGAAGACAGUUGAAAGCCAAAAUUCUCUCUAAAACGGAGAGUUGUAAGGGAGCUUGUCAUGACAUAGGUAGAUGGAUAUUGUACAAUGGUGAGCGGCCUACUAUGCUGGAUAGGAUGUGUUCUAUCGACAGUAUAUACUCAAAGGAUGUGAAGGAAGUAUGUUUGAAAUAUCUUUACGAUAAGUGCCCGGCUGUGGCAGCUGUAGGCCCCACAGAGGGCCUUCCGGAUUACACCAGGAUCAGGGCUGGCAUGUAUUGGAUGAGAUUUUAGAUAAAUUUGAUAAAAUAAUUUGUCUUGCUUGAACGUUAUGUGCA